UUUCUUUUCUUUUAUUCUCUGCUCUGCUCUUUUUUGACUUUUUCAAAUUGGGCCAUUUAUACCUUUCAUCUUAACCCUUGAAAAUUAUUUCCCAAGAGUUCAAUUCCUUUUCCCACCUCUUCUUAUUAUUAUAUAAUAACGCGUUCUUUCUUUCUUUCUUUCUCAGUUUAUCAUCAUUUCUUAAAAGGAUUCGAAAAACGUUUCGGGUUUUUAUUUUUUCUUUAGGGUUUCGAAGCCAUGUCCGCCACGUCAUACUCUGGAGUCCUUUCCCAGACAAAGCUCCUCGGAUCCAAUCUCAACUGUUCCACUCAUAGAAGAUUUCCAACGUCAUGUCGUUUAUCUGAAAGAAUAUCUACAUCUCGGGUGUUUUUGAGUUCAUGUUCUAGCACGAGUGAUAAAAGAAAUGGCAUGCUUGGGAGAUCACAUCAUUGCAACCCCAUUGAGAAGAGAAACCCAGUGGGGCAAACGUUUUGCUCUGUGGGAGUAUGCACGCACCGAGGAGUUGAUGUUGAAUCUAAUUCACAUGCCACAGAAGAGAGGGUUGGAGUGCUGCUUCUGAAUCUAGGAGGACCAGAUACACUAGAUGACGUUCAACCAUUUUUGUUCAAUCUAUUCGCAGAUCCGGAUAUCAUUCGUCUCCCAAGGUUGUUUCGGUUUCUCCAAAAACCAUUGGCAAAGUUAAUUUCUGUUUUUCGGGCUCCCAAAAGUAAAGAAGGCUAUGCUUCUAUAGGAGGUGGCUCUCCUUUGCGUAAAAUAACAGAUGAACAGGCAGAUGCACUUAAAAUCGCUUUGGAAGCAAAGAACAUGCCAGUAAAUGUCUAUGUUGGAAUGCGGUAUUGGUUCCCAUUCACUGAGGAAGCAAUUCAGCAAAUCAAGAGAGACAGGAUAACCAGGCUUGUUGUGCUGCCUCUAUAUCCCCAGUUCUCCAUCUCUACAACUGGGUCAAGCAUCCGUGUAAUGCAGAAUAUUUUUAGGGAAGAUGCCUAUCUAUCACGGCUGCCUGUUUCUAUUAUAAAGUCCUGGUAUCAACGAGAAGGUUACAUCAAGUCAAUGGCUGACCUGAUUGAGAAGGAAUUAACAAUUUUUUCUAAGCCUGAGGAGGUUAUGAUUUUCUUCAGUGCUCAUGGAGUGCCAGUUAGCUAUGUUGAGAAUGCUGGAGAUCCAUACAAAGAUCAAAUGGAGGAGUGCAUCUACUUAAUAAUGCAAGAGUUGAAAGCUAGAGGAACUUUCAAUGAACAUACUCUUGCUUUCCAGAGCCGUGUUGGUCCUGUACAGUGGCUGAAGCCUUACACUGACGAAGUUCUUGUUGAGCUUGGCCAGAAAGGUGUGAAGAGUCUUCUAGCUGUUCCAGUGAGCUUCGUGAGUGAGCACAUAGAAACUCUGGAAGAGAUUGAUAUGGAGUAUAAGGAGUUGGCCCUUGAAUCUGGGAUUGAGAACUGGGGCCGUGUCCCUGCCCUCGGAUGCACUUCUUCUUUCAUCAUGGAUCUGGCAGAUGCUGUUAUAGAAGCUCUACCAUCAGCAACAGCCAUGUCAACCUCAAGGAACACCUCUGAAGCAGUUGAUCAGGACCCAAUGAUAUAUGUCAUUAAAAUGUUCUUCGGUUCCAUCUUGGCAUUUGUCUUGCUUUUGUCUCCAAAAAUGUUGGUGGCAUUUAGGAACAAACUCUUUUGAAGGAGAUCAAAAUACUGGAAUUGCUUCCAUAUUUUGUAGAUGCUGCAUGUAAAGAGAAUAGAAGUCAAAACGUGGCAGAACUUAUUUGAAUUUCUGAGACAUUCUAUUUGUUUACAUUUUCACCUUUUCUCCAAAGGUAUACUACAAUCUACAAAGAACAGAGAGAAUUCCUUUAAGUGAAGUUUUGCAAGAUUGUUUGAUCUGUCAUAACUUACUUCCAAUUUGUUUUUCAAGUUCUAUACAUGGAAAGCAUGGAUAUAUAUUGCAGAGUUCUUGCCAAUUUUAAGGUCUAAUGUAACGCAUGGCUGUGGAGAAUCAACAUUCUUGAUGUAAGGACAUUUCAGGUUAAUUAUUUAAUUUAUUCUCAA